CAUGGUGCAAAGGGCGAGUUGGAGAAAGUUCCGCAGUGAGUGGAGUCGGGCAGUGGCCGAGGGUUGUGCAGCAGACCGCGGAAAGUGUUAUACCUGUAUCCAGCAUGGCCAUCCUUCUCCAGCACCAGUUCAAGCCGCUGCCCGCUGACAAGCAAAUCGACACACGCAACUUUUUGGAUUCGGUGUCCCACCUGCCCGCUUUCUUUGAUUGUCUCGGACCUGCAAUAUUUUCUCCAAUCAAAGCAGACAUUACUGGAAAUAUUGCGAAAAUCCGCACUGUUUAUGAAUCAAACCCUACCAAGUUCAGAACAUUGCAACAGAUUUUGGAAGGUGAAAAGGAACUGCACGGACCACAAUGGCCAAAAGUUGGGGCAACGCUGGCACUUAUGUGGCUAAAAAGGGGUUUAAAGUUCAUCCAGGUACUAUUACAGAGCAUCUCUGAUGGGGAGAGAGAUGAACAGAACCCAAAUCACAUAAAGGUCAAUGUGACAAAGGCCUAUGAAAUUGCACUAAAGAAGUAUCAUGGUUGGAUUGUGCAAAAGCUAUUUCAGGCUGCUCUGAUUGCUGCCCCAUACAAAGAUGAUUUCCUUAAAGCUCUUUCCAAAGGACAGAAUGUGAAGGAAGAGGAGUGCAUAGAAAAAAUUCGCCAGUUCCUAGUGAAUUUCUCAUCCACAAUUGAUGCAAUCUACAUAAUGUACAAUAAGAUGAAUGCAGAGCUUGAUUACAAAGUCUAGCUACUCACUCAAAGACUCCUAACCAAUUACUGCUUCUGGCUACUACUCAGGACUUGACCUCUUUUUUAAUGACUGUUUCCAGGAACUGUUCACUUUAAGCUUAAAGAAUACAAAAAAGUUGGAGAAUGAUUACUGUGUUCAGGCUAGCGUCUCCAUAAUGGCUAAGAGCACCUUUUUGCUAUUGGGGCUCUUGUACUAUGGGUUGUGUUCCUACUUCACCUUCUGGGUUGGAGGCAGACACCCGCUCUGGGGUCUUGCAUUCACAAUAGUGUCCUGCCUCCUCUCCAGAUUCUGUUUUAUUUUCCUAUGAACACAGGAGUGAUGGCCAUUGGUGUAUUUAUGGGUCACUGCCCUAGGCCUGACCAACUGCCCUUCAAGACCUAUUUCCAGAACGGUCUGUUCCUUGCCACACAUGCUUUAUGCUGAGCACUGUGGAACAUUAUUUAAUAUGCAGAGCUCUGCCUCAGAAAGAAGCAUAUGGUAAGGAAUACAAUGGAGGUCUGUGCCUUGCUGGUAACAAGGGAGGUCUUUGAUCUUCCCAACUGGUCCAUUUAGCAGCUACCACCCUCUUGGACCUAUUGUUCUAUGCCUAGACAACCAAAGCCAAAGUACACCACUGAACGCAAGUGUAGUUUUCGCAAUAUAUGUAAUUCCAGAUCUUUACAUGAUGAGGAAAUUGUAUUUUAUCGGGACACCAACUGUUUUUACAAGCUAUACUAGCUCUUUUUUCCACCAAUGUGCCUUUUUAGAUUAUGCUUAAAUUGUUCACACUACUGUUCUACCCGCUAAUAGGUUUGGAAUUCUUACACUAUGCUGCUAUUACUUUUGUCCUUUCUUUCUUUCAAAACACUACCCAUAAAAUUGUGGACAUGUCAUGUUUUCAUCAACCCAAUACAAUAAA